AUGAUGAUGAUGGACGACGAACAGCCCAAAACCCUGUAAGUAACUAACGCGGGCUAGCUAGCCAAAUCAGUUCAGUAGCUAGCUACUUUAAAUGUGACUAUAAUAAAGUAUGUUCCAGCAUUUAAAAACGUCCAUGUACUCAUGUCUUGUUGUCUGUCACUAUUGAAGCAGAAAGUUGGUGUAAAUCAAUCAAGCCAGUCCAUGGCUCGAGCCUUGUCAGAACACAUAGUUGGCUAACUAGCUACUGUUAGCUAGUUGCUCGUUCACUUUCGCCGAAACGAAAACUAGCUAUAGUUAGCUAACCGCCUAUAGUUAGUUAACGUCUCAAUACUUUAGCUAGGUAUAUAUCGUUCUAACCAGCUAACUACUAGCUAGUUACAUGAUAUCGUUUUGGUUCACAUGUACAUUGCAGAAAUUCAAACUAGGUAGAUAUUAAGCUAGCUACUGUUACAUUUACCGCCUGUCUUGUCAAAGCAACAAACAUUGGCUAACUUUCAGCUAGCUAACGUUGGUGUGGCAAUUAUGCAGAGACAGACGUGUCACUCAUUUGGGCCCUGAAGUUAGCCAAUUUGCCCAGGAUUACAUUUGAUCGGUAACUAAAAGUAUGUUAUGGACUUAUUGAGUUUAAUAUGAUAGCUAGCUGGCUAAACAUUCAAAUAACAUCCCCAUAUUCCAACAAGCAAGGAACGCCGCGAGGCCCAACUCCAAGCGUCAUGCAAUGCAUGCCUUUCUACCGGCUACUGGGGAUGAUAGCCACGUCAACGACAGUCAGUUUUUUUGGGACGGCAAGAAGUUGCUUUAAAAAAAAUGCGUCACGCAAGUGUUAGAUAAGGUUAGCUAACUAAAUUACUUAACUGUCUACUGUUUUAGCUAAUAGUAAGUGCAGCAGUGCACCCAACAUUUUGCUUCCCUGGAUGAAGUAGCUAAACUUCCUAGUCACAUGUGCUUGUCUUUCCCUCUACUCCAGGUAUGUAGGGAACCUGUCCAGGGAUGUCACUGAGCCCCUCAUCCUACAGGUUUUCACACAGAUCGGCCCCUGCAAGAGCUGUAAAAUGAUUUUUGAUGUGAGUAUCCCCGGGUCCUGGACCCAAGAGAGAUUUUGUAUGAUGUUAUCCAUCGACAGUUCUUUAUUGUCAAUGGUGAUGGUACCUGUCUAAUGAGAACAUGUGGCUAAUGUUGUUGACAGAGCAUGCUUUGGAUUCAAUGAGUGCGGUUACAUGCACACAAUAAUGCAAUUAUUGUGGAUAAUUGGAUUAAUACAAUAGUUCGAUUAAAACGUUUACAUGCUUUGCAAGAAUAACGAUUUCCCUAAUAAUCCUGUUUACAUGGACACGUCUGAAAUCAGGCAACCUUUAGGCACAAAUAAACGUUCAACCACAGCAACCAUGUUAUUUUUGGGAUGCAUAUUUGUAUGUGAAAACUUCUAAGACUCAUACAUUCAGUUGUUCCGAACACACUUUACUCGCUCUAAAGAGGGAGGCUUACUUUGAUUUUGACCUUAGGCUGAUUUAAGAUAAGCAGAGCAAGGUGUUUAAAUGACUAUUGCAUAAUCUGCCUACUGCCAUGAUCAGUUUAAUAUUGAGUUAUUAGUGUGCAUGUAAACAUACUCAUUGUAACUCUUGUUGUUCUCUUACAGACUGCAGGCAAUGACCCAUAUUGCUUUGUGGAGUUCUAUGAACACAGGCAUGCUGCUGCUUCGCUGUCUGCCAUGAAUGGACGUAAAAUUAUGGGUAAGGUAAGCUAUCGUAUCUACAGGCUGAGUUGGAAUGGGUGAGUUGUGGUGGCAGAAGUUUGAGCAACCAGUAGGCUAAAAUUAUGAGAGGAUUAGCUGAGUCAGGCAGCGAAUUUCUUACCAAAGUUGAAAUGGCAAAGUUAUGAAUGGAUUUGCUUUGUAAAAUGAGUGGCUUAUUCCGACUCCCGGUCCAACAGGUAAGUACUUUGAUUCCCCAGAUUAAAUGAGACUGAUAGAUGUGGGAUCUGAUUCCAAAUAUAGGCCUAACCACCACAGUUGGUUCCAAUGCUGACCACCAGGCAUGUCCGUGUAUAAUAUCUAUGAUCCUAUUGCUCCAAAUAUGGAGUAGGUUAGUUCUGUUGUAUGGACAUCAAGUGCAUUCUGUCUUAGUGGUUGAUUUAAUAUAUAUUAGAGAUUAAAAGAUAUGUUCUUGACCAUCGCUGUUUUCUUUUACAAAACCACUCCCUAUGCUAAUAACCCCUAAAUCUUUAUUUUGAAGGGAAAUGGGCCCUUUCCUUAUCCAAAGUAAUCCUUGGUAGCUGUGCAUUACAUUGUCCUUGGCAACAGCCUACAGACCCUUUUAACAAGUGUCUGCUUAUUUUAUUCACCCACCCCCAACUAAAACAAUUUCUGUACCUUUUCCAGACCCACAGCUUCACAAUACAUAGGGCCUAACCUCAGCAGAAAUAUAUAUUCAGUGCAAAUUAUUUUAUCCUCAACAGGUAAUGAAGGACCGUUUGAGGAGUAAUACAAGUUGAUAAUGUGACUGGUUUGUUAGUCCUUUUGUUACUUGGACCUUUUACUCAGUAGUUUAUAGUCCACUUGUUUAUGGAGUGCUCAGUUGUUCCAUGUUCUGUUCUCUGCUCGUCACGGCAUUCAGAGAUUCACAUUGUGUGUUUGGUCAGGUGGCUUAUUUGUUUCACACAGACGGCACCACAGAAACUGAGGUAGUAAUAUAGCCUACUGUAUCUAAAUUAUAUAAACAUAUGUGGCCUGUUCUCUCUCCUCUUGCUCUCUCUCUCUAGGAGGUUAAAGUCAACUGGGCCACAACGCCAAGCAGUCAGAAAAAAGACACGAGCAGUAAGUGCCCAGCUACCUUAUCAGUCAGUUCCGUAGAAAAGUAGUGAGGUUUCCUCAGCGAAUGUGGUCUUCCACACCAUAGAGAGAUAACUAUAUCUCUAUAUGGGCAACUCCACUCAAACAGAAUGACGCUGAGACUCAGGUUUUUCACUUUAAAAUAUAUGUCAAACAAAAACCAAUGAUUGCAAAGUUAAACAAACCAUACAACUCUAUGCACAAGGACUACUUUUAACAAUUUCCACUGAACAUUUUACAAAAACACAUUUACUUGAAGAACAGUGCAGAUGCAAAGUUUGGUAAGAUAAUUACGAUUUGUGCUGUUUGUUUUGUCAUUCUGUUACCAAACUUUGCAUCUGAACUGUUCUUCAAGUAAAUGUGUUUUAGAAAAAAAUUCUGUGAUCAUUGUUAAAAGUAGUAUCAGAGAGUUGUAUGGCUUGUUUAACUUUGCAAUCAUUGCAGAAUGUGGCAGGGCAGGGCUUGAAAACUAUUAUAGACUACAAAGGGAAGCACAGCCGCGAGCCUCCCAGUGACACAAGCCUACCAGACGAGCUAAAUCACUUCUAUGCUCGCUUCGAGGCAAGCAACACUGAAGCAUGCAUGAGAGCAUCAGCUGUUCCGGAUGACUAUAUGAUCACUGUCCGUAGCCGAUGUGAGUAAGACUUUUAAGCAGGUCAACAUUCACAUUCACAGACCGAUUAGCAGGAUGUGUACUUCGAGCAAGUGUCUUCACUGAUAUUUUCAACAUGUCCCUGACUGAGUCUGUAAUACCAACAUGUUUCAAGCAGACCACCAUAGACCCCGUACCCAAGGACACUAAGAUAACCUGCCUAAAUGACUACCGACCCGUAGCACUCACGUCUGUAGCCAUGAAGUGCUUUGAAAAGCUGGUCAUGGCUCACAUCAACACUAUUAUCCCAGAAACCCUAGACCCACUCCAAUUUGCAUACCGCCCCAACAGAUCCACAUAUGAUGUAAUCUCUAUUGCACUCCACACUGCCCUUUCCCACCUGGACAAGAGGAACACCUACGUGAGAAUGCUAUUCAUUGACUACAGCUCAGCGUUCAACACCACAUUGCCCUCAAAGCUCAUCACUAAGCUAAGGACCCAGGGAUUAAACACCUCCCUCUGCAACUGGAUCCUGGACUUCCUGAUGGGCCGCCCCCAGGUGGUAAGGGUAGGUAACAACACAUCUGCCACGCUGAUCCUCAACACGGGGGCCCUCAGGGUUGCGUGCUCAGUCCCCUCCUGUGCUCCCUGUUCACCCAUGACUGCAUGGCCAGGCACGACUCCAACACCAUCAUUAAGUUUUCCGACGACACAACAGUGGUAGGCCUGAUCACCGACAACGAUGAGACAGCCUAUAGGGAGGAGGUCAGAGACCUGGCCGUGUGGUGCCAGGAUAACACCCUUUCCCUCAACGUGAUCAAGACAAAGGAGAUGAUUGUGGACUACAGGAACAAAAAAAAGAGGACUGAGCACGCCCCCAUUCUCAUCUAUGGCGCUGUAGUGGAACAGGUUGAGAGCUUCAAGUUCCUUGGUGUCCACAUCACCAACAAACUAUCAUGGUCCAAACACACCAAGACAGUCGUGAAGAGGGCACGACAAAGCCUAUUCCCCCUCAGGAGACUGAAAAGAUUUGGCAUGGGUCCUCAGAUCCUCAAAAAGUUAUACAGCUGCACCAUCGAGAGCAUCUUGACUGGUUGCAUCACCGCCUGGUAUUGCAACUGCUCGGCCUCCGACCGCAAGGCACUACAGAGGGUAGUGCGUACGGCCCAGUACAUCACUGGGGCCAAGCUUCUUCCCAUCCAGGACCUCUAUACCAGGCGGUGUCAGAGGAAGGCCCUAAAAAUUAUCAGACUCCAGCCACCCAAGUCAUAGACUGUUCUCUCUGCUACUGCACGGCAAGCUGUACCGGAGCGCCAAGUCUAGGUCCAAAAGGCUUCUACCCCCAAGCCGUAAGACUCCAGAACAGCUUAUUAUGGCUACCCGGACAAUUUGCAUUGCCCCCCCACCCCACCCAAUCCCCUUCUUUUAAGCUGCUGCUACUCUGUUUAUUAUUUAUGCAUAGUCACUUUAACUCUACCCACAUGUACAUAUUACCUCAAUUUUCUCGACUAACUGGUGCCCCCGCACAUUGACUCUGUACCGUUACCCCCUGUAUAUAGCCUCCCUACUGUUAUUUUAUUUUACUGCUGCAAAUUAUUUUAUUUUUUACUUAACACUUUUUAUUUUAUUUUCUUAACUGCAUUGUUGGUUAAGGGCUUGUAAGUAAGCAUUUCACUGUAAUGUCUACACCUGUUGUAUUCGGCGCAUGUGGCAAAUACAAUUUGAUUUAUUGUCUUUUGUUUGACACACAUUUUUAAAGUGAAAAAUCAGAGUUUCCGCAUCAUUCUGUUACUGUGGAAUUGCUCAUAUCUCUCGAUUUCUUCAAUGUUCUGCAUCCAUCAAGGAGUCACAAUUGUCAUCUCUCCUGUCCUUGCAACAGAUCAUUUCCAUGUCUUUGUCGGAGACCUCAGCCCCGAAAUCACCACAGAUGAUGUCAAAGCUGCCUUCGGCCCAUUUGGGAGGAUAUCGUAAGUACCUUACAAACAUUCACGUCUAUCUGCUCUAUCACAGGGUUACAUUGGAUAGUUUAAAAAUCCUAAAUAGUAAUUGGUGUGAUAUCAGACAGUAGUUUCUUUACAUGGUCACAUUACUCCUUCUUAUUGAGUGAAUGGUGUGUUUCUCCUAAGGGAUGCUCGCGUGGUCAAAGAUAUUGCCACAGGGAAAUCUAAAGGCUAUGGCUUUGUCUCUUUCUUCAACAAGUGGGUAAGUGUUUAUAGAUGGAUGGAAUCAUGGGGGGGAGGGGAUUAGUCAUAACUCAUAACGGAUGGGGUUCCUGUAAAUGUAGUCAACAUUAUCCUUUGGUAUUUGGAUGUGUAGAUGGGUCAUAUGAUUAAUUUCUCUGUUGCUACCCACAGGAUGCAGAGAAUGCCAUUCAGCAGAUGGGUGGCCAAUGGCUAGGCGGCAGACAGAUCAGGACCAACUGGGCCACUAGAAAACCCCCAGCCCCUAAAACCACCUAUGAAAGUGAGUCCAAGCAAGAUGGGGAUUGGUUUCCAGCGCAUUUGCCAUUGAGAAGAAUGUUAGAUUUUUAUCUUACAACUAUAUUCUCAAUUGUAUCUUCUCACACUGGUUGAGUUCAGAGGAAAAUGUCAUACGUUUUACUCCAUUGUGUGGUCAAUGGAGUCCCUAGGAUCCUCUUAUUUUGUUGAAUGGCAAUGUAUAUAUUCACUUUAAUUCUCCUGUUCCCAAUAGCCAACACCAAGCACCUGGCCUUUGAUGAGGUAGUGAACCAGUCCAGCCCCAGUAACUGCACUGUUUACUGUGGAGGAGUCAGCACCGGUCUAACAGGUUAGUAGUCUGUCAUUCAACUUGUCACUUUCUAUUGUGUGUGUGUGAGAGAGAAUCAGGUCUUUGACAUGCCUCCCUCCUGUUUUCUAGAACAAUUGAUGAGACAGACCUUCUCCCCCUUUGGACAAAUCAUGGAAAUCCGUGUGUUCCCAGACAAAGGAUAUUCCUUUGUGAGGUAUGCCAUGAGAUCAAACAUCACUAAACUUCUGACAAAGACUUGGUAUCAUUGAAAUACAAAUUUCUGCAUAUGUUUCUCAGUACCUAUCUUUUGACUCCUCCUCUUUUCAGGUUUAACUCUCACGAGGGAGCAGCCCAUGCCAUUGUGUCUGUGAAUGGGACUUCGUUAGAGGGACAUAUGGUGAAGUGUUACUGGGGUAAAGAGACCCCGGACAUGAUGAGCCCUAUGCAGCAGGUUCAGCAAGUUCCCCAGGUAUGAAGCAAGAGCCAGAGGCUUCUCCUCAUCGGCACAGCUUAUAUACACACACACACACACAGCUUACACACACCACACACGCAUGCAUGCACAGGCACACACACUCUUACACUGUUGUCCUCUCUCCCCUGCAGCAGAACAAAGUGGGCUUUGCAGCCCAGCCCUACGGCCAGUAUGCCCAGUGGUAUGGCAACGCCCAGCAGAUUGGCCAGUACGUCCCCAACGGGUGGCAGGUACCCACCUAUGGGGUUUACGGCCAGGCCCAGGCCUGGAACCAGCAGGGUUUUCAGUAAGUACACAAGGACAUCUGCAGGGCUCCCCUCCCCUCCUCCAGCAACAAGCGCUGCAGCUGAAUGUCUGAGUGUCCUCGGCUGGGCUUCCCAAGGACAGUUAGGCUCCAGCCCAGUCGCCUGCAGCUCUGGCCAGGGGAAGGAAGGAGCCAAAGAUGUCCUACAACCUUCACCCUCGCCACCAUAUCCAGCUUAUGAGGACAUAGACAAAAAACGCAUUUAAAAAUAUAUAUAAUUGAAGAUUUAAUUUGUGAUUUAUUGGUCAAGAUAACAGCAUUUUCAUCCUUUUUUUCCAUCUGAGUUUUAUCCUUUUUUGAAAUAAAAAGAGCAUUAAUGAAUGCCCUUUUUGGCCUUCCAAAAUGGCUGCUAUGCUGGGUCUAAUUGGACUUGUCCCUAGAUGUGAGUGUCCGCUCAAUGAAGUACAUUGUCCUAGACAGUGAGGAAACUGGGAUUGUUGAAUACACAGAAAGGGACCUGCUGCCCUUCCCUCGGAAGCUUUUCACAGCGCAGAGGGACAUCUUAUUGUGCACGUGUUGCAUCCACGUUAUUUCUUUUUUUAAGUGCCAUGUCAUCUCUUUUGUUACUUCAUGCACACUUUUGUUUUUACUCUAUAAACUUUCAUUUGCCCUCCAAAUUUGUUGUAUAUGAUUUUUUCUCCUGAAGAGUUAAAGGACAUUGCUACUUGAAAUGGGAUGUUGUAUGAAUUUGUAUUGGUAGAUUAAAGUUACAUUUGAAAUAAAGCUAGUCAUUUGCUUGUUUUAAAUUGAUAGAAUGGGUUUGACAGCUGCAUAAGACAACAAUCAUGUUUUAACUGCUCUUAUAACAGGAGAAACAUUGGUAAUGAGUUUACCACAGCAGUUAUGAAAAAUUAUUUUUUUGUUCUUGUUUUUCUCUAAUUUAGCGAACCAAAGAAUGGAGUAACUUGGAAUAAUUUGCUGAAAAGCUGAAAUCCUAAGUCUUACUGUUUUGGAAAUAGAAAUUGCAUAGUAACUUGUAUGUAAAUGUCCAAUUUGUCUAUUGGACACACAGAGUCUGAAAAUAUUCUUAUGAGGACAUAGUAGGCUACCUAGAAAAAUAGUUAAGCAAUAAUGCCUGAGAACCUGGGAAUUAUCGUAUGACAACUCCCGACAAGGGCUGUUCUGAGUCCCGAGACUGUUUAAAUCCUAAAAUAUAUCUCAACCUGAGCUACAGGUUCUUCUAACUCUUACUACAUUGAGCUCAUCAGUCACUGUCGCCAAUACCUGAUGUGCUGACCGUUCAAAUGUUAACUUUUCCAUGCAGGUAUUUGUUGCAUAAUGGAUGUUGCUAAAGAUUUUUUAUCAGGAAAAAGUCAUGAAUGGAGUUUUGGCAUGAAACGGUCACAUUUCUGUUAUUCAUUUGCAGUGUUACAGGAUUCAGGGAAAAAUUGUGAAAUUCAACACCAAGGCCAAAUUUAAAUGCAGCUAGUCCCGCUUCAGCUGCUAUCUGCAACAUUGACACAUUUCAGCAGCUUUGGGUGGGAUACGAGGAGUCAAGACACAUGCAUACAUAUUAUUUUAUGGGCAGAUACACAACAGUCGAUCAUGACUAAUUUAAUACACUGAGCCUAUGCUCUGUCUGCAUGCCCACACUCCCACAAAUACCAUCCUUCGCCCUGUUGCCCUUUUCAAUCUGAAAUCCCUUUCUCGCUUUCCCUACCAUAUUCUCUGCUGUCUUAGUUUUGCGCUGAUCCUCUGACACCCUGACCCUCAUGUUCUCUCACAUCCUCUCCUCAGCUGGUGCUUGCUCAGUUUAUUUGGUGUAUGUGUGUGUGCUUUCUGGGUGAGUCCCAAAUGGCUCCCUAUAUAGUGCACUACUUUCUACCAGAGCCCUAUGGGCCCUGGACAAAAGUAGUGCACUAUAAAGGGAAUAGGGUUCCAUUUGUGAUGAAACCGGUCUUGCCCCUGUCGCCUCUUCUCUAACCUGCUGGCGUUUUUUUCUCUCUUUCCCCUGUUUGCAGUCACUUACCGGCCAGUGCUGGGUGGACAGGCGUGAGUGCCCUCAGUAAUGGUGGGGUUAUGGAAGCUACACAGGGAUUGAAUGGGAGUAUGCUAGCAAACCAGGCCAGUAUGGGAGCCACAGGAUACCCCACACACUGAUUGGGUGGGGGAUCAACUCUUUACUGGCUACUGGAGCACCACAGGGAUCUGUGGUAUAUCCCCUCCACUGGUGGCAGACUAAGACUUGUUGGUACAUGGAAUUUGAAAGGGAAGUUGACCUCUACUAAAGCCCAUGAAACUGAUUUCAUGGGAGGUUAAGGGGAGCCAUGGAGGACUGGAAUAAACCACACAGGUAUUAUGCUGCCCUUGUGUUAGACGGACUGUACAUGGCCAGUGCGGUACCAUUUUAAAUUUACUGUAAAUUAAUAUAACUUAAGGAGGGACUUGAGUGUCUCAAACCCAUUUUCAUAAGGACUCUUGAACAGUCAAAGUAAAUUGCUUGUGAAUUUUUAAGAUUAAUAAGCCAUUUUAGAGUUUGAUGCAAUGAAUCAUGUAAAAAGUAAUGGACCUUCACCUUUUUUUGUUUGAGGUAAUAAAAUGGAUAACUUUUUUUCUCGCAUUUUGUUUUCAAUUCAACCAAUUGCAGGGAUAGAUGCCACUUCUUUCUUUCUGUAAGGGCAGACAAAUAUUGCACAGUAUUCUCUUGUAUUUUUACAAAUUUGAUUUCCAAGAGGUUUCUUUUUGCAUUCCACCUUUCCUCUUUGUUUCUUUUGGAUGGCCUCAAAACAUUUGCUUAAUUUGUAAAUAACCUUACCUUGAUUUCAAGCUGUAUAAAGGAAAAUGCAAAUGUUCACGAAGGGAGCUUGCUUUGCUUUCUUUGUCUUUGUUUUGAUAACUGAAGAAAUUAAACAUUGUUAGUAGUAGCAUUAUCAAAUGCAUAUCCAUAGUAACUGGCACAGAGAUACAUGUACUUCCAGGAAGGGAAAAGAAAGCAUUGCUAUGCAGUGUAAAAAUGAACACAAUUUUGACUUUGAAUAGUAAUUCUGUGCAUAAAUUUGAGUUUUCUGCCAUUUUCUAUGAAGUAAGAUCUGUAUUAUUUAUGGAAAAACCUGAAUGAAUCAGAAAUGUGCACUGUCGCCCCUUGGACAUGUAUUAAUACCAGAGGGACCAGACCCAUUGUGUUGAUUUUAACGGGCACAAUAUCAUUAAAGAUUAGACAGUGCCUACAGAUAUUUUCAGACCUUUAGUUUUGAAAAGUGUUAUACUCUGGGGUUUGAUAAUGUUUCUGCUACUGUAAUAACCAAUGUGUUCUUGCUUUGUCCAAUUAAAAUGCUGAUGUGCAUAAACCAUUUUCUGUGUCCUGUGUGAUUAGUGAAGAUUGGAAAAUAUUCAAACAAGUAUUCCAAGUGCCUAUAA